AUGGUCAAGCUAGAUGAUUUUAUAAAUGAAUCAGAAAGUUAUUUGAUAGAGUUUUAAUUCAAUGAAAGACAACAAAUCUGCGAUGUAAAUAUAAUAGAUGAGUUCGCCAUCAUUAUCAAAUACGGAUAAAAUAUUAUAUUAUUUAAACUCGAUGAACACCCCUUUCAAAAUUUGACUCAAGAUAUUAAAAUUAAAUUUCAAAUCAAUCUAGUUUCUCAGAAAAUCUAUAGUCAAUAUUUACUUGGUGGUACUUCUGAUAAUUUGUUUAUCAAAGAUGAGAAACAAAGUUACCACCAAAUUUACGGAUCAAUUUAUAGUUUUGAGAAGCAAUCUCUUUAAAAUCAUUUUAUCAUUUAAGAUUUGCUAAAUUCAUAGACUUAUCUUAUUGAUAAAAUGUCACUCAAGACGACUAAGAAAUUUGAUAAAAAAUAUUUCACUAUUUAGUAUUUUGAUUUGUACGAGUAUCUUUUAGAUGAAGAAUUCAAUCUUUACAAAUUUGAAAAUAUUGAUGGAAAAAUUGCUAUUGAAAAGGUCCAUCAACUAUUUCCAUCAAGUUUUAAAUGGAUUGUUGCUAUAGCAUCGAGUCCAAAUAAAUUUAUUAUUCUCUAUAAAGAUGAAAACUUUAGCCAUUGCCUAUUAGUUUUUGAUUCCAGAACUUAUCAAUUGAUAGAUCAUAUUUCGAAUAUCAUAAACAAUGCUUAUAAUAAUGGUUGUGAUACCCUUUUCAUAGAUACAGUUCAUAACAAAAUCUAUUAUAAAGAUAAAAUUGAGAUGGAAUUCAUUAAUUGUAUCAACUUUAGUACAAACCAUUAUUAAAGUCAUAAUAUAAUUCCAGUUGUGAACUAAAAUCAUCUAGUUGAUAAUAAUCUUUAUAAAGAAAUGAUAAAUAACUUUAUUAUUUAUAAAUCAAGGAAAGGUGAUAAUCUAGUUAUUUAAGACCUUAAUACUGGAGUAAAAAAGGAGAUUCCCAAAGAUUAUAAAAGUGAAUGUAAGUCUCAUCUCUAAAGUAAUGAAGAGAUAGAUACUAUUUUUAAUAAUGGUAACUUCAAUGAAGUUAUAUAAUCAAUGUAUGUAAUUUAAGAACAGCAAAUAGUGGAUGAUAUUAAUUCAGAGGAUACUAUGAUUAGAUCUGAUUAUAAAUAUAUCUUUCUAAAUGGUAAUCGUAAAGUGGACUGGAUAGAAUUCAGAAAAAAAUCUGGCUUUUAAUUUGAAUAUGAGAACUAGUUUUGCUUUAUGUAAAAUAGAUUCAAUCAAAAGCUGUAUAUACUUGAUGUAGCUAGUAAAAAUAGAAUAGUCUAUUUCAAUAAAUUAACUCAAGAAUUUUAAUCAAUUGAUAUGAAUGAUUAAGUUUAUUACGAGUAAGAACCUGAAAGUGCAAUUCUAGCUGAUGAACUCGGAAUUUUACUUAUCUAAUCAGAUCGUGAAAUAUUUCUUUUUGACCUUGAAAAUAAAUAGAGAAUUAAAGAUACAUAACUGGGACAUAAUUCUCUCAAGAAAAUUAUGCUUUAGAUAAGUUUUAUGACGAAGCCAUCGAUUUUCAUUGGUAAUAACUAUCUUCAGAUAAAUUUUGAAUUUAUUACUAAUAUUCUAUUUUUCAACAAUAAGAAACUCCACAAAGUUAUUUAAAUAGAGCAAAUAUAACCUCCAGAGGAUAUUGAAGUUUCUAAGAGCUAUUAAAAGGAAUACAAUUAAAAAUCCUUAUAAAUAAUCAGAAGAUAAGAUCAAGAAAAUUAAUCUGAAAUUUAUACAAUGAUUUCAAAUUCAUUUGAAGAAAUGUUCAAUGAGGAAUAUCUAAUUCAACCAAUAUUUCCAGCAUUACAUUUUGAAUUUGCCUAGAGAAUAAUUGUAGACACAAGUACAGUCAAAUUGUUCAUUAAUGGUGAAUAGUAAAUGGUGGGCCUUUUUGAGAUUGAUAUUACUGACUAAAUCAUAAUCAACUACAGAUAAAUCACCAGCCUAAAUAAUGAAUAAAUAAUUAAAGAAUUACAACUGAAUCUUAGUAAAUUUUUCAAAUACGUUGCUGGUUAUGGAACAUGUUAUAAUCUUUUCUAGAAUAACUUAGUUGUACUAGAAACAAUUGUUAAAUAGCUUUCCUUGAAAGAUAAGCAAUCUUUACCUAUCCUAAUUUGUUAGAAAAUGCUAGGGGGAGAAUCUCCGUUAGAUUUCUCAAUUAAAGCUCACCAAUAAAAGAUUAUAAAUCUUAUACUUUCAAUGAUAAUCAAAUAUUAAGAUCACAUAGUCUUUAACAACCUUGUAGAUAGGAAUUUAUGUGAGCUUAUCAAACAAUAAAUAGACUUACAAGAAUAUUUUGAUAGCAAUUUACCCACUUAUUAAAUAAUUGAUCCAUCUUUUCCAAGUUAGCACAGCAAUGAAAAAGAAUUAAUAGUUGGAAUAAACUUAUUAAAUCCUAAGGAUGUUCAUGAAAAAUACAAUGAAUUAAUUGGCGAGAAGUUAACUGAGCAAAAGGAAAACACUGAUUAAUUGGUAUCAAUUGAAUAUUAUUUGAUCAACUUGCCACUAACUCUUAAAACUAAUCCAUAAGAGUUAAUGAAAGUUUUAAGGGAGACAGACAUGCCAGAAUACUUUGAAAAUAAAGUCAUUCAAAGUAUCAUUAAUUUUAAAUGGAAUAAGUACACUAAAUCAUUUUACCAAACUAGAUUCUACAUUUACCUCAUUUUUAUGGCUACGUUCAUCUUUGAUAUAUUUUAUUCUACAUAUGCUUCUUAAGCCCCUAAUGAAUAAACUAAUGACCAGGCAGAAGAAUUAAAAAAUGAUGAGGUGUUUUCGCCUAAUAUUUGGAUAAAAAUUUCAGCAAAAGCUUUAUGUUCUAUUGUUCUAAUAUUCUUCUUGAUAUAUGAAGUGAAGUAAAUCAUUGCCUAAAAAAGAAGUUACUUUGAUGAUGGAUGGAAUUACUUUGACAUCUCUCAUAUAGCAGCAUUUACUACUUUUUGCAUUCUUGACUUUACAAUUGAAGAUUCAGACAAUCUCAUCUUGAUAAAAGUCCUUGUAAUAUAUCUAUCUUUCAUGAAACUAUUUUUCUUUUUAAGAAUUUAUGAUGGAUUCAGCUUCUUGGUAUAAAUGAUGGCUGGCGUUUUUAAAGACCUUAAGUAUUUUCUCAGUUUCUUUUUAAUUAUGAUCCUACAAUUUGGAAUGAUAUUCUUAGUCUUAUUCAAAGCAGAAUAAAUUGAUGAAUAUAAUGGUGUCAAUAAAUUGGCAUACUUCUUGAUGGCCUUCAGAAUAUCAUCUGGUGACUUUAAUGUUGAUAACUACCAUAGCUAAGGAGAUCUACUUGUCAUUUUUUCUUGGAUCAUCUGGUUAUUAGCUGUAAUAAUCUUGAAUAUUGUUUUCAUGAACUUCAUUAUCGCUGUCAUCUCAGAAUCUUACGAAAGAGUCAUGCAAAAGCUUGUUGCAGAAUCUUACAAAGUAAAAGCUAAUAUGAUUGUUGAAAGAGAGCAAUUAUUCUCUUCGAAAGAGUUAGAGAAAUAAGAAAACUUUCCUAAUUUUAUUGUGGUGAGAAGACCUAUUAACAAUGAAGAAAAUGAAGCUGGGGAAUGGCAAGGAUUCAUUAAAGAUUUGAAGUACACCAUAAGAACUUCAGCUGCAAAAUCGAAAGGAGAAAUUCUUCAGAAUCUUCAUUCUAUUGAAACUCAAAAUAAAAAGAACAGCCAAUAACUUGAGAAUCAGGAUUAGCAACUUUCUAAUUUGUUGUCGGAAUAAGUUGUUAUCAAGAAUGAUUUCUAAUUAUUUAAAGGAGCUAUUGACUCUUAAUCUUAGAAGAUUGAUUCCCAUGUUAAUGGACUUGAUGUCUAAGUUAAAGGUCUAGAUUCUAAAGUUUUAAAGAUUCAAGAUGAUAUUGAUUUUAUCAAAAAUUCUAUGAUUUCAUUACUUCAAAAAUCAAAUCAGUGA